AUGUUGCAGCGGCUGCGCCACGCGGUGGGCUGGGGACUGCCUGCGCCUCCGCCCAGUACGCGCGUGGACUUUCAAGUGUGUGCCGCGCUGGGACACGGCCAGACGCUGUGGAUUGUCGGCGACCUCCCGGCGCUCGGUGGCUCGAUCGACGUCGUACUUAACACGGGUGGCACCUGGGCCGACACGGGGCUCCAGCUCGUGACGACGCCCGAGUUGUACCCGAUUUGGUACAAUCUCGAGCCCGUGCUGGUACCUACCGGUGCGGUUGUGCACUAUCGCUACGUCGUGUGCUCGGGCAGCCGCUUCUUGCGGUACGAAGGCUCGAUCGAGGCAGGUCCGGUGACAAGGGAGCUCACGGUUGGCGUGGGGUACGUCCAGACUCAAGACACACUGGACGGACGCGUGAAGAGCCGGCCGCUGUUGCAGCCGGGGGAGGACGAAGGCGGCACAGGGGAUGGUGCCAGUGCAACGGGAACGAUGACGGACGAAGCCGACGAUGCCGGUGCGGCAGCAGCCGGUGGAGCAGGGGUUGGGACCGACAGAAGCCGUGCUGCUGUGUGUGGCGAGGAGCUGCCCGUGCUGCCUGCGUUCUGGGGCGUCAUUCCGAGACUUAGUUCCGGACAAGCGUUCGUCGAUCGACGCGCAAACGGAUGCGAAGACAAAGGCAGCACGAUGCAGCAACGUGGGAACACGCGUCUGUUGGCAUCCGGUCAAUUUCUGACGGACGCAAGUGCAGAGGAGAAGAAGGAACUUGCUGAUGUGACGCUGAAGCGUGAAUCCACUUGGGUGCGAAGUGAGGAGGAUGCGGCUAGUCUGGUCAACAAGCUCCGCACGGCGGCAAAGGACAUGCCGAAAGCCAAGCCGAUGCUCACGUCGCCUCGGACGACAAGUCGAAGUGUGACGAUGGAGGCUACGGAUGGAGUGAUUAUUGCCGUCCAUCGACUGCCGGUCCUUGUACGUCGAACCCCAGAGGGCCUCUAUCAUAUUGAGUGGGAAGAUGACAACCUCAUAUGUCCAUCAGGACUGCUGAAAGACUCGUACCGCGAGGCGAGCUGGGACCGCGUUAGUUCGAUGAGACUAACGUGGGUAGGGACCGUUCAUUGCACAGAGGCUAUUCCAAAGGAAGACGAAGAGCGACUGGCCAAACAGCUCGAAGACUUCCAUUGUGUCCCCGUGUUUCUUGCGGAGCCGCUGAGCUCAACAUUCCAAAACUUUUGCUAUAGCACACUGUGGCCUGUAUUCCACAACAUAGUGGACGUGUACGGCGCACUGCCUACUCGCUGGUGGAAUCCUGGUCAGCAACGCAGUGCGUGGACCAGCUAUAAGACCGUCAACCGUAUUUUCGUGAACAAGGUCAUUGAAGUGUACAACGAAGGCGAUCUGGUAUGGGUUCAUGGACUUCAUCUACUGGUUGCGCCGAGUUUCCUCACGCGGCGACUACCUUGUGUCAACGUCGGAUUUUUCCUGCACACCCCGUUUCCAAGCUCGGAGAUCUUCCGCACGCUCUCAAUGCGUGCAGACCUGCUUCGGGGGGUGUUGGCUGCAGACCACAUUGGCUUUCAUUUAUAUGAGCAUGCGCGCCAUUUCCUGACAAGCUGUCGUCGCAUUCUUGGACUAAAGUAUAGUACGCAACCGGGCGGUUACAUCGGAGUUGAGUACAGCGGUCGCAUGGUUAUGCUGACUAUAAGCCACAUCGGGAUCGAGCCCACUUUCAUGGACCGGAUCAACUCUAGCGGUCAGGUUGAGCAGGACGCUGUGGUGCUUGCCGAAAGAUACGGGAGCAGCAAGUGUACGGUGUUUGUAAGUGUGGACCGUGUGGAGAGACUGAAGGGCAUCUUACUGAAGCUUGGCGCCAUCGAGCUUUUUCUCGCUCAGCACCCGCAGUACGUGGACAAGGUGCAGUUUGUGCAGAUCGGUAUCUGGGACAGCUCUAGUCCGACCCCGGAAAACAACAGCGUACGCGCUGAGAUCCUCGCACACACGACGCGUAUCAACAGCCGUUUUGGCGUGCAGCACAAGGGGCUAAUUGUUGCCUACUCGGAGGUGGAAAGCACAGAUAUGGCAUCUAGACUUCCGCUGUGGCGCGCAGGUCAUGUUCUGCUUACUACCUCAGUUCGUGAUGCUGUUAAUUUGUAUCCGUUCGAGUUCGUGUACGCGCACGAGCUGGCCAAGUCGCCAGGCGUCGUGAUCGUGUCGGAGUUCUCGGGAAGCAGUCGAGUAUUGACGGGUAGCGUUGGUGUGAAUCCGUGGAAGCGUGAGGAGAUGGUCCAUGCCAUGGAGCUUGCGUUGACCAUGUCGGACGAGGAGCGUGCUGCACGUCACCAAAAAGAUCUGGAGUACAUCACGACGAACUCGCGGACGAAAUGGGCGAAGCGUAUUCUUGUCGAUUUGAAGCGCACGAAAAAGCAGACUGCGGAAGGAGAUUACAUGGGCUACGGCCUCGGGCUGGGUUUUCGGAUGUUGGAGUUUAACGCCGGUUUUAAGAUGCUGGAGACUGACGUGGUUGCUAAGGCGUAUCGGGAGACGUUCCGCCGCGUGAUCUUCUUUGAUUAUGGUAACACGCUGACGCUGGAGGAGUCUGCUGGUGCGCACGACUUUUCGAAGUACAUUACAGGCAGCGAGCAAAACGCUUUUGUAUCGAAGGCGGAAGCGCCAAAGGCGUCGCCCGACCUACUAGCAUCUUUGUCUCUGUUGUGUGCCGAUCCUCGGAACACAGUGUUUGUGUUGAGUGGCAAGGAACGCUUGGACUUAGAGAAAACAUUAGGGUCGGUUCGUGGCUUGGGGCUUGCUGCUGAACACGGCUACUUGUACAAGUGGGGAACAGGCACGAAUGUUACUACAACAAACGGUCGUGCAACGCCGUCGCGUGGCAGUACUUAUAACAGCAUGGGGGGUGAUGUGGAGGAGAGCGUGUGGCUUUGCACGAAGGAUAACUUCGAUGACUCGUGGAAGGAUGUGACGCACGCCGUCAUGGAUAUUUAUACGCAGCGCACACACGGCACAUACAUUGAGCUGAAAGGCAGUGCGCUGCUGUGGCAGUAUCGUGAUGCUGACCCAGAGUUCGGACAGCUGCAAGCUAAAGAGUUGCACGAUCAGCUUCUCCAGGUGUUGGAACAUUUCCAGGUGGAAGUGGUGACAGGUACAGAUUAUCUCGAAGUGCGUCCAGAGGGUGUCGACAAGGGUGUCAUCGUGGACCGCGUCAUGUCUACAAUUGAGUCAACAAGCGGCCAGUACGCCGACUUCAUCUUGUGUAUAGGCGACGACCUGUCGGACGAGUUCAUGUUUCAGUACCUUGAGGAUGUGCGUGGCCGGCCAAACAUGUUCACGGUAACCGUAGGCAAAAAGCCUAGUGCAGCCAAGUACUUUGUGAACGAUGUGGACCAAGUCAUGGAAAUCGUGCACGCGAUGACAAAGGUAUCUACGGCCGCCAAGCGCAACUUCUCAAUGAACGAUUUGCGACUUUUUGAUCGCAGCGUCAGUACCAGCGGAGAGCUUCUAUCAUUCCAGCGAGAUGAGACAGGACCAAGCCGGUCGUCGGGUAGUGUGGGUUACAUGAGUGACGAGAGCGCUGAGGAUAUGAAGUCGUCGCCGAUUGGAAGUUCAACAGAGAGCGACAAGGCGCCUGUGAUAGAAGGGAACUCUCAGCCAGGCACAACAGGGCCUCUGGCAGGUCGUGGUAUAGCUGGUCGAAGGUUGGGCGGGUCAGGACGUGGACUGGGAAGCGGUCGCAAUUCCAUGUCUAUGAGCUCGUUGUCGUCAACAGGGAUGCCUCUGCUGCACCCCACAUCGUCCACGUACGAGCAAUACCUCAGCAACGUUGAUGAGUCGACGGAAGAAGAGGAAGGUGGUAUAUUUUUCUAA